UAAUCAGUUCAAAAUGAAACGUCUGUUUUCUUUGUUUGUUGUUUGCGUGUUGAUGCACUAUGUCGAGGCGGUCCAGCGACAAGCCAAGCGGCGGUGUAUGAGAUGCUACGACAUAUCAGCAGCAGGGUCCGCUUGGUUUUUAGCGGACGAGAAAACCGCUGAAGCAAUUCAGCGUUUCUACGAUGAGGCUGAGGAAGAAUCAGUCGACGGGGAGAUAUUAGAGGCCAGCUCAAAAAGUGGGGGAAAGUUGCGGAACUGUCCGAUUUUCCAGAAUGUAACUACAAAUUCCACGGAUAGUCCGGACGUUGUGGAAUGUGAAGUUUGGGAAGUCUGCACUACAAUACACCUAACGGUAACAGUGGACUACCAAAUGCCUCUCACGCCAGUGAACGCAAGUUUUGAUAUGAUUCAAAGUGUGAGGGGAUGUGCUCUGGAAAACAGUAACGCCAGUCUCAGGGCGUGUCAAUCAUUCGAAAAUAAAACGAGGAUAGCAGACGUAAACGGUACCGAGGACACCAUGGCUAACCUGACCAUGACUGCUAGAGGCUGUGAGGUGAAGGAGUGCGAUUCCGAUCUCUGCAACUACAGUUCGGUAGCCCUUCAUCUCAUAUCCUGGUCCCUAGUGGCGGCAGUUCUUUCCUCGUUACUCUGAGGGCAAACUAGCUGUGAGAAGAUCAGCAAUUUUACAGUGGUACCUCGCUAUAACGCGCAUUUAGGGAGGGAAUAAUCUAGAUUUAAAACCGCGUUAUAGCGGGGCAUUGUGGAUAUUCACAUAUUACGUAAUCAAUUUUUGGACAAUUUUAACCCCCACUCCCCCCUCCGUAAUCAGUUUUACACACGGCUAUUGUGUCAAAAUUACACUAGCGUAAUCAUUUGGAAACCACCCCUCCCCCUCGGCUGAUUACGUAAUAUGUGAACGACCCCUUAUACUUAUAGCGAGGUUUGCGUUAUAGCGGGGUUUAAUCUUGGAGAAUGGAGGCAUUGUGGUUAUGACUGUGCAGAUAAUUUAAAAAUACGGGUACUGAAAUUACAGUGAGGAAACUGAGGAUGAGCAAAGUGAGUUUUCCUCUCGAUUGAAGCUCUGAAACAACUCUUAUAUAGACGAGUCAAGCAAUUCAGAGACAAUGACUGUUAUUUGGAAAUUCAGUCUGCGGACUAGAAGUUGGAAGUGGGAGUUAAAAUAAUUUACAGACUUGAAUAUGGGUAUUACUUGAAUGACUUAAUUUGAGAUUUUGUUAAGGUUAUUGUAGCGAAUUGCUUAAGUUACUAAAAAUGAUUUUUAAUAUAAUAUGUUU